CUUUCAUCUGCUUGCCCCUCCUCGCCUACAAAUCAAUCUUUGAUCGUGAAACGAAGAGAUCAAGCAACAGUUAGACGCAAGAAGAAGUAGCAAUGGCUUCCGAGUCCCAGCUUCUGUUCUUCGUUGUGGUUGCAGCGAUCGCCUCGCUGCUCCAUCCUUGCGAUUCCAUCGAGUUCCAUCGCAAGCUCUCCGGCUGGUCCAGCGACGGCGGCGCGACGUGGUACGGCGGCGCUACUGGGGCUGGAAGCGAUGGUGGCGCGUGUGGGUACCAGGGUGCCGUCGACCAGGCGCCGUUCUCGUCCAUGAUCGCCGCCGGCAGCCCUUCCAUCUACAAGUCCGGCAUGGGCUGCGGCUCUUGCUUCCAGGUGAAAUGCACCGGAAAUGACGCUUGCUCCGGCAACCCGGUGACCGUUGUGAUCACCGAUGAAUGCCCCGGCGGCGGCGCGUGCACGAACGAGCCGGUCCACUUCGACCUGAGCGGGACGGCGUUCGGCGCCAUGGCGAAGUCCGGACAGGCCGACAAGCUGCGCGCCGCCGGUGUCCUCAAAGUGCAGUACACCCGCGUACCGUGCAGCUGGCCCGGGGUGCAGCUAACCUUCGUCGUGGACGCCGGCUCGAACCCGAACUACUUCGCCGUGCUCGUCAAGUACCAGAACGGCGACGGCGACCUCUCGGGCGUCGAGCUCAUGCAGACCGGCCCAGGGGCCGCGUGGGCGCCCAUGCAGCAGUCGUGGGGCGCCGUCUGGAAGUUCAACGCCGGGUCGGCGUUGCAGGCGCCCUUGUCCAUCCGCCUGACCUCCAGCUCCGGCAAGCAGCUCGUCGCCAGCAACGUCAUCCCCGUCGGGUGGAAGCCCGGCGCCGCCUACCAGUCAGCGGCCAACUACUAAUCGGUCGAUAUAGCCAUAAAAUGUAGUGCGCGCGUGUAAUAUUUGUGUUUUGUGUGUGUGGACUUACAAGUGAUCAUCACAUCACAACAGUGGUUGCGUAUGAUUGGCAAAGAUUAAUUGGAAGUAAUAAGGGCAGGAUUUAGGCAGAGGAGGAGGAGGCGCAGGUGUGUACGAGACGAGCAUAGUUCUCCCCUCUUCGCCGUUAGUCAGCGCCGACAUAUUGAGACGUGUUAGUGUGUGUAUCGUUGUUUGUAAUGGCAGCUCGGUAUCACUGCUGAAUGGAAUGCUGAUAAUUGAUGUGCGUGUUUCUUAA